CCUCUUUCUCAGGCUGCGACAGUCUGAUCGGUGGCCUGGAGGCUAAUGGGCCUAAAUCGUAAGCAAGAAACGAGAGAAUUAAAUCUCGAGUAAAUGAUUUUGUUCAGAGAUAGCAAACCAACACGUUAAAAUGGAUACAGAAGAGCCCGAAAAGAAGAAAAGAGUGCCAAAGGUUGCAAAGGUUAAAAACAAAGCUCCUGCUCCUGUUCAAAUCACAGCAGAGCAGUUGCUUAGGGAAGCUAAGGAACGGCAGCUUGAGAUUGUUCCUCCGCCACCAAAGCAAAAGAUCACCGAUCCAGAAGAACUACAAACAUACAGAUUAAAGAAACGCAAGGCGUUUGAAGACAGCAUCAGAAAAAAUAGAAAUGUUGUUACAAACUGGAUUAAGUAUGCACAAUGGGAGGAGAGCCAGAAAGAGAUUCAAAGAGCAAGAUCUGUUUAUGAGCGAGCUCUGGAUGUUGAUCACAGAUGUAUUCCAGUCUGGCUGAAAUAUGCUGAGAUGGAGAUGAAGCAUCGCCAAAUAAACCAUGCAAGGAACAUAUGGGACAGAGCUGUGACUGUUCUUCCUAGAGCAAGUCAAUUUUGGUACAAGUACACUUACAUGGAAGAAAUGCUUGGGAAUGUGCCAGGGGCUCGACAAGUAUUUGAGCGUUGGAUGGAAUGGGAGCCCGAGGAGCAGGCAUGGUUUUCUUACAUUAAAAUGGAAUUGCGGUACAAAGAGCCUGAUCGUGCAAGGCGUAUCUACGAGAGAUUUGUUAUGGUCCAUCCUGAUGUGAAGAACUGGAUCAAGUUUGCUAGAUUUGAGGAGACCCAAAGAAAUGCUGCUAAUUCCCGCAUAGUGUACGAGAGAGCUAUUGAGUACUUUGGAGAUGACAAUAUGGAUGAAAAAUUAUUCAUUGCUUUUGCGAGAUUUGAAGAAAACCAAAGAGAGUUUGAAAGAGUCAGGGUCAUAUACAAGUAUGCUCUGGAUCAUAUACCAAAGAAACACGCCGAGGAUUUGUUUAACAAGUAUACAAUGUUUGAGAAACGGUAUGGUGACAGGGGCGGGAUAGAAGAUGUUAUUGUCAGCAAGAGGAAAUUCCAGUAUGAAGAGGAAGUGAAAGCAAACCCAAGUAAUUAUGAUGCCUGGUUUGACUACCUGCGACUGAUGGAGAGUGAAUCAGAUGAACAAGAUGUUGUCAGAGAUGUUUACGAACGUGCCAUUGCGAAUAUCCCCCCGCUGGAGAAAAAGAAGCACUGGCGCCGUUAUAUAUACCUUUGGAUCAAUUAUGCGUUAUUCGAAGAACUUGUAGCAAAGGAUAUGGAGAGAACAAGAAAAGUUUACAAAGCAUGUCUGGACUUGAUUCCACAUAAGAAGUUUACUUUUGCAAAAUUAUGGCUUCUGUAUGCUCAAUUUGAAAUCCGCGAGAAAGAUCUGAAGCGGGCCAGACAAGCAAUGGGAACAGCUCUUGGCAAAUGUCCCAAAAGCAAACUUUUCCGAGAAUACAUUGCUUUAGAGCAACAGCUUCACGAGUAUGAUAGAUGUCGAACUUUGUACGAGAAAUUCUUGGAAUUCGAUCCAUCAAAUUGUUCAACGUGGAUAAAGUACACAGAAAUGGAAGCCUCUUUAGGAGAAGUGGACCGAUGUCGUUCUAUUUACGAGCUUGCUAUAAACCAGCCCUUGCUGGAUAUGCCUGAGGUAAUUUGGAAGGCUUACAUAGAUUUCGAGAUUUCGUUGGAAGAGACAGAGCGUACACGCCAGCUUUAUGAGCGACUUCUGGAAAGAACACAACAUGUUAAGGUAUGGAUCAGCUACGCCCAGUAUGAGGCAAGCACCAACGAAGAAGACAAUGUGUCGUUAGCACGGGGCAUUUAUGAGCGUGGGGAUCGCUCACUGAAGCACCCAGAGUCAAAAGAGGAGCGACUGUUGCUACUGGAAUCUUGGUUUGAUUUUGAGCAUAAACAUGGAGAUGAGAGCAGCCAGGCAGCCAUCGAGAAGAAGAUGCCGAAGAAAGUGAAGAAGAGAAGAAAAGUACAAACAGAUGAUGGCUCAGAUGCAGGCUGGGAGGAGUAUUACGACUACAUAUUUCCGGAUGAUGAAGCAAAUCAACCAAACUUCAAGUUGUUGCAAAUGGCGAGGAUGUGGAAACAUGCUAAAGAUGACAGCAGUGAUGAAGAGAGUGACGAGAGUAACGAAUCAGAUGCAGGCACAGAACCACAAAAAGCUGGUCCUAGCGUUGAGGAAAACCCUGAUCAAGAUACGGAUAUGAGCAGUGAAAGCGACAGUGACUCUGAUUAGCAGCUGUGCUUGUCUCUUUCUAUGGACUGUACAACCAUCUUUUGGACGAAUCCUCUGUCCAUGCAGCCGUGUGCUGUAAGAUCGUGCUGUUAACAGCUAAAUUUCAUAGACGAUCAGAACAUUUUUUAUGUGUUGCCUUUUUAUAUGUGUACUGUUCUUUGGUAAAAAAUGCUCGGUGAUCUAGGAUUGCCAAACAAAGCAUUUUGCUAAGGGAAAUGUUGGCUAAGCUAAACUCUCUGUCCAGUCAGCUGUUGAAAAUUGUAUCCUUAGAUUAUAACCUCUUUUAUGAUAUAUGAUAUUUUAUUUACUGCGGUAAUAACCAAGGAUUCAAUGUUCAAUAACAUAAGCAUUCUACCUUUUAAAUUCUUCUACCUUUUAAAUUAUGACUAUGACCAUGACAACAAACCAAAACUCGGGAUAGUUGAAGGGUCAUGGUAGCCAACCUUCUGAUAGAAGAUGGUACCUGAUGAUGACCUUUUAAAUUCUUCUACCUUUUCAAUUCUUUAUGUUCAGUAGGACAGUUCUUUACACGAGCGCUGUAAUUUUCGUUUGUGCCUGUGCCUACUAUUUUAUAAGGAAUGUAAAAGAAGUGCUGCAAGAAGCUCAGUAAAAUCAGAAGGGUAAAAUAUUUGUUUUUUGUUGCAAUGAAAAUAUAACAGUAUCAAAGAUUUCUUCACGUUUGAUGGACAAGUCAUUUGGCAUGAUAUGUUGCAAUGAAUUAAGUAUUGAUGCUUUCGCGCUAUCGAUAAAACACGAAAGAAAAGGAAACGUUGUUUUAAAUAUAAAAGAUAAUCGCUACUAAAAACACUUUACAUUUUACUGCUAAUUUUAUCUUACUAUACAUCUAUUGUGGCAUGUAGAAAUUAGUAUUAUCUGUUAACAUCGUCCAGCUCAUUCAUGA